CGGCGGGGCGGGACAAGCGGGCCGUGACCAUGACCUCCCCUGAGGUGGCCGCGCGGUGCCGUUGCAGAUGAGCAGGGUUCGAGCAGACGAGGAGGAGUAUUGGCACAGCUCCAAGUUCCGGGCCUUCACCUUCGAUGACGAGGAUGACGAGCUCUCACAGCUAAAGGAAUCCAAGCAGGCAGUGAAUAGCCUUCGGGAUAUCGUCGAUGAUGAUGAUGACGACCUUGAGAGGGUCAGCUGGAGUGGAGAACCUGUGGGAAGUAUCUCCUGGUCAAUCAAAGAGACAGCCUCCAGCAGCACCAGCUCACUGGAGGGCCGAGACUCCAGCCUACAGAAAGGCUCAUCCUCCUAUGCUGCUUUUCCCAAACAAGUUUCCUCCUACUCUCUAAGCAGUUUAUUCAAAGGACGAAACAAACUUCCAAGUUUCCAGUCCCUUUCAGAUGCCCUCUCUGACACGGGAGUUAAAAACUAUGCCCCAGAGCUGCGCAGACCGAAAGCUGAGUACAAGGAUUACAGCAGUGAUUGGAGUCCCAAAGAUACAGUCAGGCGCAUGCAGAGGGGCAAGGUCUGCUCUCUUGAAAGAUUUCGUGCGCUGCAGGACAAGCUGGUGCUCUUGGAUGAAGCUGUGGCAGGACAUGACGGAAACGUCAUUACAGCUGUCCUGAUAUUCCUGAAACGAACGCUAAGGAGAGAGAUCUUGUUUCGGGAGCUGGAGGUGCGGCAGGUGGCCUUGUGCCAUCUGAUCCAUUUCCUCAAAGAGACGGGUGAGCAGAAGUUGCUUCUGGAUCUGCUCAGGUUCCUAGACAGGACUGAGGAAGUUGCUCUGUCCCAGUACCGGGAACAUUUGAACAUACAGGAUGUGGAAAAAAGGAGGGAGUUUCUGAAAGGCUGCAUUGGGCUGCCAUUUUCAGCUGAGGAUACCUCUCAUAUCCAAGACCAUUAUACCCUGUUGGAGCGACAGAUCAUCAUUGAGACCAACGACCGGCACUUGGAGAUGUCUGGGCAGUCAGAGAUAUUUAGAAAAUAUCCUCGCAAGGCUUCAAUUCUCAACAUGCCAUUAGUGACCACCCUCUUCUAUUCCUGUUUCUACCACUACACAGAGGCUGAGGGAACAUUCAGCAGCCCCACCAACCUAAAGAAAACAUUUAAGAUUCCUGAUAAGCAGUAUGUUCUGACUGCCCUGGCUGCCCGUGCCAAGCUGCGAGCCUGGGAUGAUGUGGAUGCCCUCUUCACUACCAAGAACUGGCUGGGCUACACCAAGAAGAAGGCACCGAUUGGCUUCCACCGGGUGGUGGAGAUCUUGCAAAGGAACAGUGCUCCUGUGCAGGUGCUACAGGAGUAUGUGCGCCUGGUGGAGGAUGUGGAGACACGGCUGAGCCUGGCCACCAAAUACAAGUGCCAUGAUGUUGCCAUUGAGACGUAUAAGGAUCUAAAGGAUCGCAUCCAGCUGACAGCAUAUAAAUGCAAGGUGGAGCGAGGCUCUGCAGAAGAAGAGAAGAUAAACAGCAUUCUCAGCAACCCGCAAAUCCGAUGGAAGAACUGAUCACCUGUGAAACAGCCUGCUUGGCUGCUGCCUUGCCUGUGAAAAGAGGAAACUCCAAAACCCAGCCCAGUGCCAACAGAGCAACUCUGUUACUACUUAUUGCAUGAUCAACGUUCAUUGGUUACAGUGGCUUGUGGGACCAUGGCUGGUUGAAGGCAGCUGCUCCAACGUAGCCAUGGUACUAAUCCACUAGGGUUGAUUCUUUUUGGAAUCUGAUUCUCUUUGACUUGGCUAUAUAAGCCAGGCAGUGUUUUUGUUUACAGAGGAGGUGGCUGGAGAUUAUGUUAAGUCUAAGUGGUGCCUGAGCUCAUUUUCUCUCACAAGAGGAACGGGUCAGUCACACUCAUGGGUCUCUCUACCAGAUGAUUCUGGUCAGUCCCUGUAACACUCAAGCUGGCUUGGGCAUCCUCAGUCAUGGCUGUGGGUGGAGUAAAGCCUACUGGGCUGUGUUCUCCCUGCAUCAGAGUGAGUUGAAGAAAAGGACCAGCUGUACCUUAGAGCUUUUCUUUU